AUGUCGCCCCAUUCUCGCCCCAGCUACCAGCCCCGGAAACACAGCAAGACGUUUACUGGGUGCUGGACCUGCCGUGGCCGCAAGGUCAAGUGUGACGAGGAGCGGCCUGGAUGUCGCCAAUGCCGCCAGAAGAACCUCCAAUGCCAGGGGUACGGCGUUCGUCUUCACUGGAUGCAGCCCGAGAUGGGGCCUGUUGGCAGUAAUGCUGAUCCACUGCCCCAGCUGCCUCGGGCCAAGUCACAGCGAAGUCAGAUAUCCAUCGAGCCAAUGAAAUCAAUCCUGCAAUGCAGUGAGAUCGACGAGAUUCUGACUUCGAUUGAUUCGCUGGAUGCACACCAGGGCGGUUCCUCAUCACUCAACGUCGGCUGCUUUGGUGUCUUUGGCGCUGCCAGCUCUCCUCCCGUCUUUACUCCCCAGAUCGCCGUGUCAGAUGAUCGGCCCAUGUCCAUCGGCUCCUCUGAUUCCGAAAACUACUUUGACCAACCUGACAUCUCCGAUCCAUUCAAUGUCUCAGAUGUCCUUCCGGUUGCCGUCUUCCUUGAUGCAUUUAGCCCGUCCGAGUUCAUGGGCCCCGACUCCCUACCUAUCUUUGACUUCUCGACUCCAAGUCUCACGACAGAGGACUUUACCACGUCCCUUUAUGAUUCGACAGACUUGGUUCAGCACAAGCCCAAGGAUAGUCCUCGUCUUGAAGUCCUUAGCCCGCGUUUCAGCAAUGAUGCCUGGCACACGUUCUCCCAACCUAUUCCACGGUGUCCGACCGAGUCUCCUCUCACCAAGCAAGAGCAGUUUCUCAUGUCCCAUUACGUGAACCGGGUAGUGCGGCUUUUUUGCGUAAUUGACAACGCCAAGAGCCCAUGGAAAACUAUACACCUCCCACGAGCCCUUCAGAGUGUUGGAGAACUCUCCAUAGUUGGAUCGACUUCACGAAUCCAAGGCGCUCUCCGAAACGCACUGCUGUCAAUAAGCGCCUUCUACUUGUCCAACGACAACAAAUCCCGAGCUCGCAGCGAUGACGCUCUCAAGUGGGCGAACGAAGCGACAUGGUUCCGAGGCAAGGCCAUCAAGCUUCUCAAAGAUGCUGUUGAGAAUGACUUCUACUCUGUGCCGAAGCCAAAAUACAAGGAAUUCCUAGCGACAAUGCUUUCCAUGAUCUCAAUCAAUGUGAUGUCGGGCGAUUUAGACACAUGUGGUGUUCAUCUCGAUGGUGCAUGGCGCUUGAUGACACACGCUAGAAACUGGAAAUCAAAAUACUCGACAAAGGCUCGAGCCCUUCAUCGAAUAUACUUCUACCUGCGGACUAUAUAUGAGAGCACGGCUCUAGGUGGUGAUCAAGCCGAACGACCAUGCCUAGAAAACAGUUCCCCGGAGUCUCCACCAGCCCAAAUAGCCACCAAAGAUACAGUCGCUCUCCCUCCAGCUGAUGACGGAUGCCCUACGAUCCAUGCCAUUAUACCCGAUUCCAUGGCUCGCAUGGCCACCUACGAAAGCAUUUACGGUGUCCCUCAAAAGCUAUUGGUCUUGUUAACGAGGGCUGUUCAUCUCAUCGGGCAGGUGAAUGAGGCCAGAAACAGGGAUAGGACCACCUUGAUCCCAGACCAUUUGUCAAGUCAAUGCGACGAAUUGGAGAUAUGCAUCAUGGAUAGACAAAUUGAAGACGAACUCGAGCGCUGGCUACCAGAUGGCCAAAGUGUGAACUCGGAUAUUAUCCGACAUCAAACGCAAGCGUUUCACAACGCUGUCAUAAUUUACUUUGCUCAGCACAUUCGCCUUCUUGGCCAUCGCUAUUUACAACCAUACAUCAAGACCGUUCUCGACAACAUCGAAGCGAUCGAAAGGAUCAAAACAGAGACGCAAACUUUAGCAGCACCGCUUUAUUGGCCUGCGUUUAUUGCUGCUAGUGAGGCAUUUGACCUGGAGCUGCAGGAUAGGUUUAAGCGCUGGUAUGAGCAGGUUGAAUUUUAUGGAUUUGAGGCUGUUAGAACUGGAAUCAGAGUCCUCACGGAUGUAUGGAAGGAGGGUCCAGGUUCUGCGAAUCGGAGGACAAGUUUAUGGAGGAUAGUCGCCAUGCGAUCGGGACAAAGUUUGAUGUUGACUUAG